CUCUCCCCCUUCUCUUCUCCCCCACCCCUUUUGUCUACCACGAACUUCUUCUUCUUCUCCUACUGCUCCAUCUUAUUCACUUCCCUUUCCUCUGCUCCCGCGGGCUUUUGUCUCUCAUGCGUUCAUAGGUUUCAGCCAAGAUGUCCCGGAGGACGCUGGGUGGAGGUCGUGUUCUAGGCCCCGCGAACGCUCGUUCUCCAUCCGCUGCUGCGAUCCCGUCUCCGCAACUGAACCACCAGCCAAGGAGCCUUGCCCUAUCGCCCUCCGCGAGCAGCCUCUCUCUCAGUUCCCAGGCAUCUGCUUCUCAGUUCUCUGCCGAUGCUCAAGACCUCACCUCGCGCAUCUCUCUCGAGAAUGGUUCUACCGCGAUCCCUGCCGCUCCCGCGGCUGCUGGAGCCCAGCUGGUCUGUCCGAUUUGCAGCGAGGAGAUGUUGACACUAUUGCAACUGAAUAGACAUAUCGAUGACGUACACCAGAACCUGGAAGACGAUCGGCAGGAUGAAGUCAAGGAUUGGUUCAAGACUCAGAUGGAUAAGGCGAAACGUUUUCAACCUCUGGCUGUUUUGAAUCAGAAGCUUAAGGGACUCGAUGUCUUUGAGUCCAACGAAAACCUCCAGCUGCCGUUCGCGGGGCCGAGUCGCGCCUCGGCCGGCCCGGCCGCCUCGACAAAUUCACAUGCGAACCACCCGCCACCACCACCGCCGUCGUCGGAGAGAUCGCUCGACCCAGAUGAUAUCAUAACGAAAGAGCAUUGGCAGGGUCGGUCCCUAUACGACUCGUGCUUGGAGCCGUCGUGCGGGAAGCGGCUAGGUGCGACGAAUGGCUGCAUCAACUGUCGCAAGUGCGGGAAGCUGUUCUGCGAGGAGCACACGAUGUAUCAGAUGAAGCUUUCGAGGUCAGCGCAACAUGAGCCGGUGAGGGGUCUGUGGUGCCGGGUUUGUGAGACUUGUUACAAGUCGAGGGAUGGGUAUAAUGACCAUACCGGUUUGACCCGGAACCGCAUGGAUGAGUUCAAGGCUGUACGAAGGCAUACGGUCGACAAGGCUUUACUGGAGGUCUCGCGUCUCGAAAAGCGUCUGACGCGGCUCACGCAACUCUUGGCGAGUUUGCCGGUGGACCAGAUCCAGUCGAGUGCCAAUAAGCUCUGGUCGCUUUCGUGGCAGGGCGACCAGCGGAAAGCGCUUGAGCAGACCAUCGUCAGCUGGGAGGACGAUGCCAGCGUUCUCCGCUGUCCCUUUUGCCAGCAGGAAUUUUCCAGCUACUCCUUUCGGCGCCACCAUUGCAGAACAUGCGGGCGAGUCGUAUGCGGUGACCCUAUAACUGCCUGUUCCACAGAGGUUCCCUUGAGUAUAUCAUCCCAGUCGGCAGUCGCUACAACAGCCGCGGAAAAGUCAGAUCGCGCAGGCGUGAUCAACGUUGAUGUCAGGCUCUGCAAGGACUGUCGGUCGACCUUGUUCGACCGACGUGACUUUGAAGCUGAAAUCCUCCGCAAACCCCCGGCCGUGCGGGCAUAUGAGAACCUGACCCAGUUCGAAAGAGGCAUUCGUCUCUUGUUACCCAAAUUUCAGAAACUUUUAGCAGCUUUGCAAGAUCCUCGACGGCCUCCCUCAUCAGCACAAAUCGUUGAAGCUUCCAAGGUCCGCAAACGACUCACGGACUCGUUUGCGCAGUACGACGUCGCGGCCAGACGGAUUCGCGAUAUGCCUACAGACUCACCCACGCAACAGCGCCUACAGAAGGCCAUCUAUCAGCAGGCAAGCAAUUUCCUGCAUCUGCACAUGUUGCCGUUGAAGACGCUUCCAAAGCUGCUGAAACAUGCUACGCCCAACGGAGGAAUGGUGGGUUCAGGUAGCACCCCUGGGAGUCCAAGUCAAGGGCCUGUCGGCAGCCCUCGGCGGCCCGAGUCGGCUUUGGCGUCCAUCAAAUAUGGCAGCAUGGCCGCUAGCGCCAGCACGAGCAGUCUCGCCAGCGACACCAGCAGUGCUGUCUCCGCGCUGGAGGCGGAGGAGAAAGCCCUCCGGGAACGGCUGAUUGUGCUCGAGGAACAGAAGUUCUUUGUGUCGGAGAUGAUCGCCGACGCAAACCGGCGGCGCAAGUUCGACGAGGUCAGCAGCUUGGCGAUGAACGUCGAAGACCUCACGCGGGAGAUCGACCGGGUCAAUGGUAUGCUGGACGGGUUAGACUUCGAGGGGGUCUAUACCGGGAAUCGUCCGCAGGGUAGUUAAUAUUGCAUGUUCUAUUUCUUGAGUGUCCCCCCAUACCACCAGUGUGGGGUGGGAGGUUUUGCCUUUCCAGCCUUGCUGCUAUAUCUGAAUCCAAGCCCAGUGCAGGCACGGCGUUGUGGGUCAUGUUGGCUUUUGCGUUGACAUUGCAUAGCAUGGGCGUUUUGUAAUGAUGUUUGACCGUUAUGCAUGCGUGGUUACAGGAGGGAUUGGUUUCCUGACGAAUGGAGGGAUUGGGCUGUCGUUGGGUGGGGAGAAGGGAUUGGGUUUGGGUGUGAGGAACUCAGAGCAGUUGCAUGCUGCUUGCAGCGACCUUUCCCCUCUCUCUCUUCCCCUCAUUAUAGCAUUGCCAGUACUCCGUACGAAUCUGUCCAAGCUCAGCAAUCACUAUACAGUAUUAUCAACUCAGACAAUCUGC